CAAAUAUACAUAUUCAUGUAAUCACUUGGUCCAACAACCUCAUCAUGGCGUCCAAAAAGCCCAAUGCAUUCAACCCGCCUUCUGUGCCAAAGCCACCACCUACCUACUCUCAAGUUUGCGUCACUCCCAUAGUAGUUUCAUCCGCCCUGGUCACGCUUGCCGGCCAAACAGGCCUACAAAAAGAUGACACUGUGCCUUCUGGUAUCAAGGCACAAGCUAAAGCUGCCUAUGAAAUCAUUCACAAGUGUUUAGAAGCUGCCGGUGCAACACCGCGAGACAUUAUUUUCGUCCGACACUACAUUGUUAAAGAAACGGGUGACGAGGAGCAAGAUGCGAAGGACGUCGUGGAGCGGGGCUGGGGCGAGGAAUGGAUAGAAUUUAUGGAUCAGAAAGCAGAUGGGCACCGGCCCCCGGAUACAGUUGUUGGUGUUGCGAGUCUGCCGUUGGGGAAAUUGUUGUACGAGUGUGAAGUCACGGCGAUGAUUUGCCGUUGAAAGACUUCGGUUCAAAACACAAUAUCACGUAGUAGUGGUACAACCGUUUUCUUGGCUAUGACCAAGCGAGUAACUAAUCACACCUGCCAAUGAGAUCUGGGGGUAUUUUGUGACAGAUAAGAGAUAGAAGACGUGGCAUACAAUCGAGAAUAUCGUAGAAUGUCUACAAGGAUUAUGAUCCGUCCCUUGAACGGAAGACGCGGCUAGCAGUCGUUACCGUGAGGGGAAACUCGGGU